AUGGUUUCUCCCUUUGGGUCUCUCUGGCGCAUGCGCGCAUCUUGAUGCAACCAUGAGCACAAAGCAGCAGCAAGAGGAGGAGAAGAGGCGCCUGGUCCGGGAAAGGGUCCGGGAUUUCCCAGACUUCCCCUCUCCAGGGGUGCUUUUCCGAGACAUCACCCCUCUCUUGAAGGACCCUCUCGCCUUUAAGGCGGCCAUCGAUCUCCUGGAAGCCCACGUCAAGGCUUCCCACCCGAAAUUCGAUUACGUCGCAGGUCUCGAUUCCCGGGGCUUCCUUUUCGGACCGUCUUUGGCACAGAGGUUAGGAGUCGGAUUUGUGCUAAUCCGGAAAAAAGGCAAACUCCCGGGUCCCACGGAGUCUGUCUCCUACACUCUCGAAUAUGGCAAGGCAGAGCUUGAGGUCCAGAGUGAUGCGGUCAAGCCAGGCCAGAAGGUGAUCCUGAUCGACGACCUUCUGGCCACAGGAGGGACGAUGCGUGCUGCCUGUGAGCUGAUGUCCAAGCUUCAGGCCCAGAUCCUGGACUGCAUUGUGCUCAUCGAGCUGACGUUCCUCAAAGGGGCCGAAGCCCUCAAGCCGUUCCCCUUCUAUUCACUCCUGAAGUACGACUGAAGGACGCCUGGGAGAUCGGCAGCUCCAUGCUUCAGUUAAAAUCAGCAGGUAGAAAAAGCUACCUUUUCUGGCCUUCAUUUUGCAGACUCCCCAGCCAGUUCGGCCGGUGGCUGUGAUGACCUGGGAGAUUUGGGGCGCCGCAGUCCAAAAAGCAGCAUUCCCAAACCACCAUUCUGUCAUCAUCGGCAUGAAAUCUCAUACACUUCAGCUGCAUCCUGCCAGAUUUCAUCAUAUUAUUUCUGCUUUUCUUGAAUCAUCCAAACAUGGAAUCACCUGAACCUCCUCUUUUUUCCAAUUCACCAUCGCUCUCAUUUAACGGGAGCUAGUUAGUCAAUUAAUCAUGGACUUAAGCGUGUCUGGGCUUUGCUAUGUAUGUAAAUCCAACACAGAAGAGUUCAUUUAUUUCCAAGUUUAUAUUUUUUAAAUAAAAAAGAUACAAGCACAACAUCAUUGACUCAA